AUGAAAGGCUACUGUCCAUAUACAAACAUUGACGGUGAAAAACUGGCUCAAAAUAUCGGUCCUCAUUUGCUAGUAGUUGGAGGUCUCAACGAUCCUCGUGUUGCGUUCUUUGAGCCGCUAAAAUGGACUGCCAAGAUGCGUGGAGAGAAAUCACGAUGGAGGAAAAUACUUCAACAACGUGCUCAAGACAUCGACACUCAUAGUAGCAGUGUAUCUUCGCCUUUACGUGAGAACGCUGUCCGAGACGAUCUGGACACUUUAGCAGAGCCACGGCCAUCAAUAAAUGUCAUGAGUAAUAUUGGUCGAGCACCGUCAUGGGCAGGAUCUCUAAUGGAUUCGCCAAGUACAACAACUGGGCCAGAUGGUGUUCAAGGAGAGAAGAUGUUGUUGUUACGAAUCAAUGACUCUGGACAUGGUGGCACAUCUGGCACUUACUCUUAUCAGGAAGAUUUAGCAAUUGAGUAUGCCUUUUUGAUUUAUACUUUGGAAGCUGCUAUACGGCCCAUUUUCCCUGGAUUUCCUGCUUCAGAAGGUCCUGCGCUGUUGCAGGGCAUGUAUUCCGGACCAGCUGCAACAUUGUACGGGCUGCACGAGCAUGCAUCUGCACGAAUAUCGUCUGGACUCGCAGGCCUGGGCGUCGAAGAAGGAUCGGAAUCUGAUGACUCUGAGUCUGCCAAUGCUGCGACGAUUACUAGUACAGGCAAUCACGAUUCUCGUGGCAAGUCGAGUGGGAAACGUAAAGGUGGUGGUGCUGCUACUGAUGUAGAGGAAACAGAGUACAGGAGCCGUGGCAACAAGGGCGAUCGUGGUCAAUCUAAGCUUUAUCAAUGGAUGGCAAAUUGGUUCUAG